ACGAGUCUUUUCUAAUUUCUAGGAGGACACCAUGAAAAUUUGGUUCCCACUGAUGCAAAGGAAAAAAUUUUAAACCCCAAACUGAUCAAUCCUGGACAUUUAAAGGAAUUUCCCCCCUUUUUUAAUUUAAGCAAAGAGGCUUAAAAAAGAAAACAUGGCAGAUGUGGAUCCAGACACAUUGCUGGAAUGGCUACAGAUGGGACAGGGAGAUGAAAGGGACAUGCAACUAAUAGCACUUGAACAGCUCUGCAUGCUGCUUCUGAUGUCUGACAACGUGGAUCGAUGUUUUGAAACAUGUCCUCCUCGCACUUUCUUACCAGCCCUCUGCAAAAUUUUUCUUGACGAAAGUGCUCCAGACAAUGUGUUGGAGGUAACAGCCCGUGCCAUAACAUACUACCUAGAUGUAUCUGCAGAAUGCACCCGAAGGAUUGUUGGGGUAGAUGGAGCUAUAAAAGCACUUUGUAAUCGUUUGGUUGUGGUAGAACUUAACAACAGGACUAGCAGAGACUUAGCUGAACAAUGUGUAAAGGUGCUGGAACUGAUAUGCACUCGUGAGUCAGGAGCAGUCUUCGAGGCUGGUGGUUUGAAUUGUGUGCUUACCUUCAUUCGGGACAGUGGACACCUGGUUCAUAAAGAUACCUUGCACUCCGCCAUGGCUGUUGUAUCAAGACUCUGUGGCAAAAUGGAACCUCAAGAUUCUUCUUUAGAAAUUUGUGUGGAAUCUCUGUCUAGUUUAUUAAAACAUGAAGAUCACCAGGUUUCGGAUGGAGCUCUUCGAUGUUUUGCAUCACUAGCUGACCGAUUCACCCGUCGUGGUGUUGACCCAGCUCCAUUAGCCAAACAUGGAUUAACUGAAGAGCUCUUAUCUCGAAUGGCUGCUGCUGGUGGUACCAUAUCAGGGCCAUCAUCAGCUUGCAAACCAGGUCGCAGCACCACAGGUGCGCCUUCCACAGCUGCAGAUUCCAAAUUGAGUAACCAGGUAUCCACAAUCGUAAGUCUGCUCUCAACACUUUGCAGAGGCUCUCCAGUAGUAACACACGAUCUCCUGAGGUCAGAGCUUCCAGAUUCAAUUGAGAGUGCAUUGCAGGGUGACGAAAGAUGUGUGCUUGAUACCAUGCGUUUGGUUGACCUUCUUUUGGUGCUAUUAUUUGAAGGACGAAAGGCUUUGCCAAAGUCUAGUGCUGGAUCUACAGGCAGAAUCCCAGGACUCCGGAGAUUGGAUAGUUCAGGAGAGCGCUCACAUCGGCAGCUUAUAGACUGUAUUCGAAGUAAAGAUACCGAUGCCCUUAUAGAUGCAAUUGACACAGGAGCCUUUGAAGUAAAUUUUAUGGAUGAUGUGGGUCAGACUCUGUUAAAUUGGGCCUCAGCUUUUGGAACUCAGGAAAUGGUAGAAUUUCUUUGUGAAAGAGGUGCUGAUGUUAAUAGAGGUCAAAGAUCAUCAUCAUUACAUUAUGCUGCAUGUUUUGGAAGACCUCAAGUAGCAAAGACUCUAUUACGACAUGGUGCAAACCCAGAUCUGAGAGAUGAAGAUGGGAAAACUCCAUUAGAUAAAGCUCGGGAAAGGGGCCAUAGUGAAGUAGUGGUUAUUCUUCAGUCUCCAGGUGAUUGGAUGUGUCCAGUUAAUAAAGGAGAUGAUAAGAAAAAGAAAGAUACAAACAAAGAUGAAGAAGAAUGUAAUGAGCCAAAAGGAGAUCCAGAAAUGGCACCCAUAUACCUGAAAAGGUUAUUGCCAGUGUUUGCACAAACAUUUCAGCAAACUAUGUUACCUUCAAUAAGGAAAGCAAGUCUUGCUCUGAUUCGAAAAAUGAUUCACUUUUGCUCUGAAGCAUUGUUAAAAGAAGUUUGUGAUUCUGAUGUUGGUCACAAUUUGCCUACAAUACUCGUGGAAAUCACUGCAACUGUCCUUGAUCAAGAGGAUGAUGAUGAUGGCCACUUGUUGGCUUUGCAGAUCAUAAGGGAUUUAGUAGAUAAAGGUGGUGAUAUUUUUUUGGAUCAGCUAGCCAGACUUGGUGUAAUUAGCAAAGUGUCAACUUUGGCAGGUCCUUCCUCAGAUGAUGAGAAUGAAGAGGAAUCAAAACCAGAAAAAGAAGAUGAACCACAGGAAGAUGCUAAAGAAUUACAGCAAGGUAAACCAUAUCAUUGGAGAGACUGGUCAAUCAUUAGGGGAAGAGACUGCUUGUAUAUAUGGAGUGAUGCAGCAGCCUUGGAAUUAUCUAAUGGCAGUAAUGGAUGGUUCAGAUUUAUCUUGGAUGGAAAACUUGCUACUAUGUAUUCAAGUGGUAGUCCUGAAGGUGGAUCGGAUAGUUCAGAAAGCAGAAGUGAAUUCUUAGAGAAGUUACAAAGAGCUCGAGGCCAAGUAAAGCCAUCUACUGCAAGUCAACCUAUACUCUCAACACCAGGACCCACUAAACUCACUGUAGGGAAUUGGUCACUAACAUGUUUGAAGGAAGGAGAAAUUGCUAUUCAUAACUCAGAUGGUCAGCAAGCAACAAUAUUGAAAGAAGAUUUACCUGGUUUUGUAUUUGAAUCUAAUAGAGGAACCAAACAUUCAUUUACUGCAGAAACUUCUCUGGGUUCAGAAUUUGUGACUGGCUGGACUGGCAAAAGAGGCAGAAAACUGAAAUCUAAAUUAGAAAAAACAAAACAAAAGGUACGAACUAUGGCUCGAGAUUUAUAUGAUGACCACUUUAAAGCUGUUGAAAGCAUGCCUCGUGGAGUAGUGGUAACACUCAGAAACAUAGCAACUCAGUUAGAGUCAUCUUGGGAACUUCAUACAAAUAGACAAUGUAUUGAGAGUGAGAACACAUGGAGAGAUUUAAUGAAGACAGCUUUAGAAAAUCUAAUAGUACUUUUGAAGGAUGAAAACACCAUUUCACCAUAUGAAAUGUGCAGUAGUGGCUUGGUGCAAGCACUUCUUACUGUUUUAAACAACAGCAUGGAUUUAGAUGUGAAACAAGAUUGUAGUCAACUGGUAGAAAGAAUAAAUGUUUUCAAAACAGCCUUUAGUGAAAAUGAAGAUGAUGAAAGUCGACCAGCAGUUGCAUUAAUUCGAAAAUUAAUAGCUGUACUAGAAUCUAUUGAACGUCUACCUCUCCAUUUGUAUGAUACUCCAGGAUCUACAUACAACCUCCAGAUACUUACAAGAAGAUUAAGGUUUCGGUUGGAACGUGCACCUGGUGAAACUGCAUUGAUAGAUAGGACUGGCAGGAUGUUGAAGAUGGAACCCUUAGCUACAGUUGAAUCUUUGGAACAGUACCUCUUAAAAAUGGUAGCAAAGCAGUGGUAUGAUUUUGAUCGAUCUUCAUUUAUUUUUGUUCGAAAAUUAAGAGAAGGACAAAAUUUUAUAUUUCGGCACCAGCAUGAUUUUGAUGAAAAUGGAAUUAUUUACUGGAUUGGGACAAAUGCCAAAACUGCAUAUGAAUGGGUAAAUCCAGCUGCUUAUGGACUUGUAGUAGUAACCUCAUCAGAAGGAAGAAAUCUACCUUAUGGCCGCUUAGAAGACAUACUAAGUCGUGAUAAUUCAGCUUUAAAUUGUCAUAGCAAUGAUGAUAAGAAUGCGUGGUUUGCCAUAGAUCUGGGUCUCUGGGUGAUACCAUCAGCAUAUACACUUCGUCAUGCUCGUGGAUAUGGAAGGUCUGCACUGAGAAAUUGGGUUUUCCAGGUAUCCAAAGAUGGACAGAACUGGACCUCUUUGUAUACCCAUGUUGAUGACUGCAGUCUCAAUGAACCAGGGUCAACAGCAACAUGGCCUCUUGAUCCACCAAAGGAUGAGAAACAAGGUUGGCGACAUGUGAGAAUUAAACAGAUGGGAAAGAAUGCUAGUGGUCAAACUCACUACCUCUCACUGUCUGGAUUUGAACUUUAUGGCACUGUAAAUGGAGUAUGUGAAGAUCAGCUAGGAAAAGCAGCUAAGGAAGCAGAAGCUAAUCUUAGAAGACAAAGGCGUCUAGUACGCUCCCAGGUUCUGAAAUACAUGGUUCCAGGGGCUCGUGUGAUCAGAGGCCUUGAUUGGAAAUGGCGAGACCAGGAUGGCAGCCCACAGGGAGAAGGCACCGUCACUGGAGAACUGCAUAAUGGCUGGAUUGAUGUCACCUGGGAUGCUGGUGGCUCAAACUCUUACCGUAUGGGCGCAGAAGGAAAAUUUGACCUCAAGCUUGCACCAGGGUACGACCCUGAUACAGUGGCAUCACCCAAACCUGUUUCAUCCACUGUUUCAGGCACAACGCAAUCAUGGAGCAGCUUGGUGAAAAACAACUGUCCAGACAAGACAUCUGCUGCUGCAGGCUCCUCAAGUAGAAAAGGAAGCAGCAGUUCUGUGUGUAGCGUGGCCAGUAGCAGCGACAUCAGCUUGGGUUCGACCAAAACGGAACGGAGAUCAGAAAUUGUAAUGGAACACAGUAUAGUUUCAGGAGCUGAUGUCCAUGAACCAAUUGUUGUUCUUUCAUCUGCUGAAAACAUCCCUCAAACAGAAGUAGGGUCAUCAUCCAGUGCCAGCACCAGUACCUUAACAGCGGAAACGGGAAGUGAAAAUGCUGAAAGAAAGUUAGGCCCUGAUAGUUCUGUUCGUACUCCUGGGGAGUCUAGUGCAAUAUCCAUGGGAAUUGUUAGUGUCAGUUCUCCUGAUGUUAGUUCAGUAUCUGAGUUAACUAAUAAAGAAGCAGCUUCACAACGACCCCUUAGCUCCUCAGCAAGUAACAGACUGUCAGUGAGUUCUUUGUUGGCUGCUGGGGCCCCUAUGAGCUCUAGUGCAAGUGUACCUAACCUGUCCUCAAGAGAAACAUCUAGCUUGGAGAGUUUUGUAAGGAGAGUGGCAAACAUAGCACGGACUAAUGCCACGAACAACAUGAAUCUAAGCCGAAGCAGCAGUGAUAACAACACUAAUACUUUGGGGAGGAAUAUGAUGAGCACAGCAACUUCUCCUCUUAUGGGUGCUCAGAGUUUUCCUAAUUUGACCACACCUGGUACUACAUCAACAGUGACUAUGUCAACAUCCAGUGUUACGAGCAGCAGCAAUGUAGCUACAGCAACAACAGUUUUAUCAGUUGGGCAGUCAUUAAGUAAUACUUUAACCACCAGCCUCACAUCAACCUCCAGUGAGAGUGACACAGGUCAGGAAGCAGAGUAUUCCUUAUAUGAGAGGAAGGGAGAGGGACAGAGAGUCGGAAACAUCAAUGGGAGAGAAACAUCGAUCAGCCGCCUCCUGCACAUCCCUUACUGGGAAUGUGCCCACAACCAAGAUUUUCUUGAUAGCUGCCGUGCCAGUACCCUGUUAGCUGAGCUAGAUGAUGAUGAGGACUUGCCUGAGCCAGAUGAGGAAGAUGAUGAAAAUGAAGAUGACAAUCAGGAGGACCAGGAAUACGAGGAGAUUCUGAGACGUCCAUCCCUGCAGCGACGAGCCGGCUCUCGCUCUGAUGUAACGCACCAUGCUGUCACUUCACAGCUACCACAGGUUCCUGCUGGAGGUGGGAGCCGACCUAUUGGGGAGCAGGAAGAAGAAGAGUAUGAAACUAAAGGAGGACGCCGGAGGACAUGGGAUGAUGAUUAUGUGCUAAAGCGGCAGUUUUCUGCUUUGGUUCCUGCUUUUGAUCCUAGACCGGGUCGUACUAAUGUCCAACAGACAACUGAUCUAGAAAUUCCACCUCCAGGAACACCUCAUUCAGAACUCUUGGAAGAAGUAGAAUGUACUCCAUCACCUCGAUUAGCCCUCACUUUGAAAGUAACAGGUCUUGGAACAACUCGAGAGGUUGAAUUACCCCUCACCAAUUUUAGAUCAACCAUCUUUUACUAUGUACAAAAAUUGCUUCAAUUAUCCUGUAAUGGCAAUGUGAAAUCAGAUAAACUUAGGCGUAUUUGGGAGCCAACAUACACAAUCAUGUACAGAGAAAUGAAGGAUUCUGACAAGGAAAAGGAAAAGGAAAAAAUGGGUUGUUGGUCUAUAGAGCAUGUGGAACAGUACCUUGGCACUGAUGAAUUACCAAAGAAUGACUUGAUAACCUACCUGCAGAAGAAUGCAGAUGCUGCUUUCCUGCGCCACUGGAAAUUAACUGGCACUAAUAAAAGUAUUAGGAAAAACAGAAAUUGUUCUCAGCUCAUAGCUGCAUAUAAGGAUUUUUGUGAGCAUGGAACAAAGUCUGGCUUAAACCAGGGGGCCAUUUCUACUCUUCAAAGUAGUGAUAUUCUUAAUUUGACAAAAGAACAACCUCAGGCCAAAGCAGGGAAUGGACAGAACUCUUGUGGAGUAGAAGAUGUCCUUCAGCUGCUGCGUAUUCUGUAUAUAGUUGCAAGUGACCCUUAUUCAAGAAUAUCCCAAGAAGAAGGUGAUGAGCAGCCUCAGUUUACUUUCCCACCAGAUGAAUUCACUAGCAAAAAAAUCACAACAAAAAUUUUGCAGCAGAUUGAGGAACCAUUGGCAUUGGCAAGUGGGGCUCUGCCAGAUUGGUGUGAACAAUUAACCAGCAAGUGUCCUUUUCUAAUACCAUUUGACACUAGACAACUUUAUUUUACAUGUACUGCAUUUGGUGCGUCAAGAGCAAUAGUGUGGUUACAAAACCGACGUGAAGCCACUGUGGAAAGAACAAGGACCACAAGUAGUGUAAGGCGAGAUGAUCCUGGAGAGUUUCGAGUUGGUCGUCUCAAGCAUGAGAGAGUAAAAGUUCCACGUGGUGAAUCGCUGAUGGAAUGGGCUGAGAACGUUAUGCAAAUACAUGCAGACCGGAAAUCAGUUCUUGAGGUUGAAUUUUUAGGAGAAGAAGGAACUGGCUUGGGACCCACAUUAGAGUUUUAUGCUCUGGUGGCAGCAGAAUUCCAGAGAACUGACUUGGGAACUUGGCUCUGUGAUGAUAACUUUCCAGAUGAUGAAUCUCGCCAGGUUGAUCUUGGAGGUGGGUUGAAACCUCCUGGAUACUAUGUGCAGAGAUCAUGUGGACUGUUCACGGCACCAUUUCCACAAGAUAGUGAUGAACUUGAAAGGAUCACAAAACUCUUUCAUUUCCUUGGAAUUUUCUUGGCCAAAUGCAUUCAAGACAACAGACUUGUGGACUUACCUAUUUCCAAACCUUUCUUUAAACUUAUGUGUAUGGGUGACAUUAAAAGCAAUAUCAGUAAACUCAUUUAUGAGUCACGAGGUGAUCGAGACUUACAUUGUACUGAGAGUCAGUCUGAAGCUUCUACAGAAGAAGGUCAUGAUUCACUCUCUGUAGGAAGCUUUGAAGAGGAUUCAAAAUCAGAGUUUAUUCUGGAUCCUCCCAAACCCAAACCUCCAGCUUGGUUUAAUGGAAUUUUAACUUGGGAAGACUUUGAACUAGUAAACCCACACAGAGCCAGAUUUUUAAAAGAAAUUAAAGACCUUGCUAUCAAGAGGCGCCAGAUUUUAAGCAACAAAGCUCUUUCGGAAGAUGAGAAGAACACAAAAUUACAGGAAUUAGUGCUGAAAAAUCCAUCAGGAUCUGGGCCUCCACUUAGUAUAGAGGAUUUAGGUUUAAAUUUCCAGUUUUGCCCUUCCUCAAGAAUAUAUGGUUUUACAGCUGUGGAUCUCAAGCCAAGUGGUGAAGAUGAGAUGGUAACAAUGGAUAAUGCAGAAGAAUAUGUGGAUUUGAUAUUUGACUUUUGUAUGCAUACGGGUAUUCAGAAGCAGAUGGAAGCCUUUAGAGAUGGAUUUAAUAAAGUUUUUCCAAUGGAGAAAUUAAGUUCCUUCAGCCAUGAAGAAGUCCAAAUGAUUCUUUGUGGAAACCAGUCGCCAUCCUGGGCAGCAGAGGAUAUUAUCAAUUAUACUGAGCCUAAGUUGGGUUAUACACGUGAUAGCCCUGGUUUCCUGAGGUUUGUGAGGGUGUUAUGUGGCAUGUCUUCAGAUGAAAGGAAAGCAUUCCUGCAGUUUACCACUGGUUGCUCAACUCUGCCCCCAGGUGGACUGGCUAACCUGCAUCCCAGACUCACGGUCGUACGCAAGGUUGAUGCUACUGAUGCAAGCUAUCCAUCAGUGAAUACAUGUGUGCAUUAUCUAAAGUUGCCGGAAUAUUCUUCGGAAGAAAUCAUGAGAGAGCGCCUUCUAGCUGCUACAAUGGAAAAAGGCUUUCAUCUCAAUUGAGCUUUGAAGUGCAAUGGGAGACAUCAGAGACUUUUAAAAUACUAGUGAAGCCUCUUGUGUUUGUGUGAAGAGAAGUAUAUGAUCCUCCACGCUAAUGACACUUGCCUUUUUUUCCACCGUUAAGGCUUUAAAAACGUGGAAUAAGUUUGUUAGCUGCUAAUGACAAAACAAAUCCUUUAACUACCCAGCCAGCAAGUACAUAGCACAGAACACUGUGUUGCUGCAAGGGCUUAUGUGACUGGAAUAAGGUGGUCCUACUUGACUGUUCCAAAGAGCAGCUUCUGAGAUCUUCAGUGUUCACUGGUAAAUUUCUAACAGUGUAUUUGUGUAAAGUUUGUCAUUUCGUACUUCAAACACUACAGUUGCCAUCACUGAUCCCUGUUUUGCUGGCUUUUAAGCUACUUGGUCAAAAAUCCUGCUACCUUAAAACAUAGAGCGUUAAUGAGCAUUCAAGCUUUUUUUUCUCUCCCCAUUUUAAUGAUGCCUGCACUAUCAGAGUAUUCUAGUGUUUUCUCUUCGUUUGGCAUAUAAUCAUGCACAACCUUUUAUUUCCUUGAGGUGGGAGUAUAUUUUUAUUUCCUAUAUGCCAUACUAUAAAGAUCAAAUUCUUAAGUGUGUCUGUGAGUUCAAAAAUGAAGAUAUAUCAAGGGGAAAAAAUUUAGAAAACACUGGUCUAGAUGCCAGGCACACGUAAAGUGAAUUUUACUUUUGGUUGUAUUUUCUUUGUAUAUUAUAAACAUUUAUUUAACUUGUUGGAGUUUGAAGUAAAAAAUUCCCAAAAUGUAUGCUCAAUAAUAAUCAUUAAAAUGUUUGCAGCAUAUAAAA